GGUACGACAUCAACAUAACGUUUUUUUUCACCAGUGCAUAGUUUUUCCUUCCUUUCUUCUUCGUGCUCUUCUAGCGUGCGCCGUUUGUUGUCGUCUUCUUUGUUGCGUUUGUAGCCGGUUCGAAAAAUUGCCGCACUGUUUGACCGUGUGCAAGUGUGUGAUUUGUGCGAGUUGCAGGUGUGUCGUCCGCUGUGCGUAUGUGUGUGAGUGUGUGUGUGUGUGCAUUUUCGAGUGCGUGUGACCGCGAGGCGUAGCAAAUUGUGACGCUGCCACAGCUUCCUCCCGGUGGCCGAUAACGGAACGAAACGAGCAAUCACGAUGAAGUCAUUGGUUCGGUUUUCGUCACUCCCGGAGUGACCGUAAAGAAGCGAUCGCGAAAAAUCCGCCGCUGGCCGAAAUUGUUGGAUAGUAGUGGUAGUUGUAGCUUUGGAAAUUUCUAAGCCCCCAGCGGAAAGGGGCCCCCAGUGAAGAAGGAAAAAGGAGAAAAAACCCCGCUCUAUGUCUGUGCCAGUGCCCGGUGUCAGUGAGAGUGUGUGUGUGUGAGUUUGUGAGGAUUAACUUGUGACCUUUGCUUUGGACCGAACCGACCAAAAGACCGCCAUCCACCGUCGUCUCCGUCAUCAACGCACACACCAUCGGAAGACAGCUGUUCGCGCGAAAAAGAUAACGUGCUUGGAGCCCACCCGUAACACCCGGGCGCGCAUGCAGCGGACGAGCGGAGGGGAAGAGCAGCAAGAACACUUCGCACGAGACCGGCUGCCGGUGGUCUGCAGUGUGUGCACAAACCAUUCCGACUGAUGCAAGAUCAGCGGGAUCGAGCUGGAACACCGACAGCGAGCGAUAACAUUAAGCCCGUAAUGAUGAUGAUGUCAAUAACCUGAGGUACACGGCACCCCGGCUGCACUACAUUCCGGCAAAGGUUGGACGCGACGAGCUUCACGCACACUCUACCACGCAACACCCAUCGAUGUGACGCCGAAUGCACCUGCACUUUUCACCCCGCGCCACCCUUUCGAAGCGCGCACCGAAAAACGCGUCGUUGGAUCGACAGUCGAUUGAUGCGCACGACUAAAUUGCCACCGCAAGCCCUGAACCGCCGUUUGGCGUUUGCACCGCGCGUGUGUGUGUGUGUGUGCGUGUUAAUCGACUUUCGGGUGAAGGAAGCACACAGACGGACCACUGCUCGAAGCCAAAGCCAGCAAAGCUUAACCACUGUGGCGUGAUCCCGUGACGCCAGUGCGACGCCCUUUUCGACGGGACCGCGCGCAGUGUACCAGACAUACACACAAAAACAGCACUCGCACACAGCGAGAUAAAGAAAAGAAAAAUCAUUCAAACAUCCCGACGCACCAGUGGUAUCGGAAACGCAUUAACCGUGUGUGUGUGUGAGGGCAGCCCUGCUUCACUCCCCCUUGAAAGGUUGGUGGUCACACGCUCACACGGUCCCGGGACGCGGUGCUGAAAAGCCUCGGAGCGCAUGCAUAUGUUGGAGCUGAUCACCGACAUCGCGAUGGCGUCGUCGUCGAGCCCGAUGGAGAUCAGCGAACCCUUCCGCACGGAGGACCUGUCCAAGACGGACUUUUUCGACUUUGUCACCGGCUCCGCACCGGACAUGGCCAUCAGCAGCAGCAGCAGCAGCAACAGCGGCAGCGGCGGCCCCGGUGGAGGUGGCGGUGGCGGGAGUGGUGCCAACAACAGCAGCAGCAGCGGCAGCAGCAGCAACACCGCAAGCAACAGCAAUACCUGCAACCGUGUCCUGGCGGGUGGAUUGCCCAGCAUGGGCGUGAAUGGAGUGCCCGAUCGACCGCCCGGUGGAAGAAAUGGAGGCGAAGGGUCACCGAUGGAUGGAGCACCCGCGAACCGAGUGGCCGGCAGCACCGUGCCCGAUGCGAACGAUCAACCGCUGCAGGGAUUCGAUCAGUUCUGGGGUCCAGACAAAGAUGCCAACCGGUUGGAUCCGGCCAUGUUUGAGGAUCUGAAUCGCUAUUGCUGGAUACAGCAGAGCAACACUGCCAGCGCACCGGCCAGCAACAGCACCAGCAACAAUGCCACCAACAGCAACACUAACAACAGCAACAAUGGAGCACUCAACAACCAAGUUGCCGAUACAGAUGGACAGAUCUACACACUAACAGUAUUAAAUGGAGCGCCGGAACCGUGGGUACUACGGAAGGACCCGAAUGGGUCGGAACCAGCGGCUCCCGCUUCCAAUCUCGAUCUCGACACCAUUCUGGGCGGAUUCCCGGGCUACGUCAAGACGGAAUGCUUCUCCUACGACGACAGUGGCUUCGGGACGGAUCAUCACGCAAAGGAAGAUCCGCACCAUCAGCAGCAGCAGCAGCAGCAGCAGCAGCAACAUCAACAUCUUCAGCUAGUUCAGCAACAUGCGGCCCACCACGCCCACACACAACCUCAACUCCAACAAGUACAAUCUCAACAGCAGCAGCAGCAGAUGCCUGUUACGUCCAGCAACAUCGUCCUGUCGAGCCAGCUGCUUGACCCCAACAGUGUGCUGGCGUACCAGAACAACAACAACAACGACUGGCAGAUGUCGGACCACAACGUGAUACAGCAGGACACGGCGGAGUCGUUGCUGCGCAGUGCGCUACAGGGCAAGGGCUACACCAAGGGCACCGGGCUGCCGCUGCCCAACGGGACCAUCACCGUGCUACCCGCCACCGGUCACAUGAAGGACGAGGAGCUGCGACGGGUGCUGUACUCGGGCGGCGAUCCGAACGACUCGCUCGCCGCCUAUGCCGACUCCACGCUGGCCAGCACCAUGUACGACGAGUCGGUGUUACACUCGCCCGCUUCCACCAACCAAUCGGCCACCUCCCAGCAGCAGCAGCAGCAGCAUCAACAGCAUCAACACCAGCAACAGUUGGUCGCAUCCACUGGACAGGUGACGGAUCUUGCUACAGGUGGACCAGGUGGUCCCGGAACAGUGGUGGUGGACGACAUGUUCUUCACGCUCGAUACCACCUUCCCGGAGGACUACGAAAAGCUGAAACGGAUAGCGACGGAGGUGCAGCAGUUCUGCACGGACAACAACAACUACACGGAGAUCAUCGUGGAAGCGCCCGCCAUGGGCAACGGAUGCAGUGCCAAUGUCCCUCCCAACGCCCUGAUGCCGAGUGCGAACAACCAUCAACAUCACACGCUGGGCGUACUGUCUCCCACGGGAACCGUCGGCUCGACCCUCAACCGACAGCCCUCCGUUUCGACCACCUCCUCGGACGUAGUAACGACGACCUCCUCGACCAAGCCGAAGGCGCCCCGGGCGAAGAAGUCCUACAAGCGAUCUCUCAGCAACAGUGCGGCCGGAGCAGCCAACUCCAACAACAACAACAACGGUUCCACACUGAACUGUCUCACCAACAACAACAACAACAACACGAGCAUGAGUAACCUCAACACGAUUGCCAGUGGUGGUGGUGCUGGUGCGAUGCUGAGUCCGGGCAGUGCGAACGGCACCGUAUCCUUGGCCACCACUACAACCACCAGCACAACGACAAACACCGCCACCACCAGCCCGACCCAGUGCGGCAACGGGCAGCGCAAGGAGCGCUCCCUGCACUACUGCUCGAUCUGCUCGAAAGGCUUCAAGGACAAGUACUCCGUCAACGUGCACAUACGCACGCACACGGGCGAAAAGCCGUUCGCCUGCUCGCUCUGCGGCAAAAGCUUCCGCCAGAAGGCCCACCUGGCCAAACACUACCAGACGCACCUGGCGCAGAAGAACCCGCCCGGCGGCACGGUCACGAAGCAGAGCAAGCAGAGCCGCCUGUCAACGCCACUGGCGGCGUCGGCCGCGGGCAGCGACCCGAGCACGGGACAAUCGAUGCCGGUCGCUUCCGUCACACCCGUCACGCUGUCCGUGGUGAACGUGGCCGGACCGCUGCCACCGAUGGUGAUCCCACAGGCACAAUCACCGCCGAUGCUGCUCACCGCCACUGCCACCAACAACAACAACACCAACACUGCCACGAUUGUCGCCAGCAGGUGAACGCACACUCAGCCGGCCGCCAUUGCCGUCGCCGCCUACUAAACAAAUUUUACUUUGUUCCUAUUUUAAUGUGUAUUUACGCAAGUGUGUAUGUGUGUGUGUGGGUGCGUUUGCGGACGCAAUCGUCGGAAUGUGAUAGCGCAUUGGGAUUAUUAGGUUGGGGGGGGGAGAUGAAGGGGCCAUUUUUGUUUUGUUUUCGGAACUCUGCAACUCAAAAUUACCUGUGAUGAUAAACGCUGCCUAGCCCCUCCCAUCCCCGGUCGGAAAAUGCCGGCAGCACGCGGAAGACAGUCCGGAACACAGUCCGGAAAUGCAGAGAUACUCUUCUUAUCAUUCGACAUUCUUGCCAUUUUUUGUAGUUUUGUUUAAGUGUGUAAAGCCCGAGUGUAAUGACGCUGCCGGAAACGGUCACUGCCGCCACAGAGUACUUACUGUUGUUUUUUUUUCUCUCUCUCUCUCUCUCCGUUGAUCACGUACAAGGAUAGUUUGCGGGAGCCGUUAAGUGUAUAGUGUGUAAGCGCCGAAUCCGUUCUGUUUGGCGGAAACUUACUUUUGUAUUUACGUACGCAGCGAAUUAGUAGGCUUGUAAGGGUAGUUGCUUAGGAUACUGUAAUGUAUAAGGUUAGCGAAUGUUUUUUUUCUUCUUAGGACAAUUAUUGCUUAUUUGUCUGGACAACGAGUUUCGUUAGACGUGUUUUGUUUUGUUUAUUUUAGAACAAUUUCCCUCGCCCCCCCCCCCAUUUCCUGCCUCAGUUUCCUUCCCCAUAAGUGUUUUAUGUUUUAGUUCCCAACUUUCCUUCACUGUCCAAAUUUUAGUUUGUUGAGCCAAAAUGUUUAGUGUUUUUGGAAGAAAUAGCAGAAUGGUUGUUAAAAAUUGUUUGUUAAAAUUAAUUGUUUGUCUAUAAAAAAUGAAAAAAGAUGGCAAAACUAGACAAAAAACGAGAUUGUUACCGAUAUUAUCUGUGUGUUAGAAGUAAUGUUAGAAGAAAGCUCCACUAGGAUUGAGAUUUAUGUGUUUUGUUGAUUUGUUUCUCCGUUUUGUUACGUUGUUCAAUCUUCAUUUGAUGAGAUUAUUUGAUGAGAUAACCCAAUUACUGCUAGCUAUUUGCAAUCGAGCGCAAAAUUUGCCAUUAGUUCGUAGGGAAUCAAAUUCAUAGGAGAUAGAAGAAAGCUAAGUUCAACGCUUUUCAUCCGUUGAAAGUGUGAUGUCUUAUAAGAGAUUAAACUGUUUUUUUUUUGUGUUUUUCCUGUAAGCAUUCUGUUGAGUUGUUGUCUCAAAGCUCAAACACUAACUAACUAACAAACAAACAAACAAAACGCUUCCACAAUCAGCUGUAAAUACGUGUAUGUGUGUGCGUGUUUUUGGGACCAUUAGCUAAAACACAGCCUAGCGUGUAUCCUGUCGUCGCAGUGUGGACGGACGGACACGCGCUCAAUCUACUCUAAGGCUAUCGUUUCGUUUCGCAUUAGUUCAAAUUUAUUUAAAACCAUAAAUCCGUCCUCUGACCACUCCUCCGCUUGCGCUUGCCGCACAAGGGGGUGGAUUCAGGGCCAGGAGAACGCGGCAAGGAUAGACAAUCGUUAACAUAGUCCUGUAAGACAACGGUACAACCUAAGCGAAUAGCGUUUACUACAUUCAUAUUUCAUAUUUACAUUUACAACACAAAACACCACUUAGUAGUAGUAGAGCACGCGCAAAGCCGCAAAUAUACAGAUGAAACACAUUAUUUUUACUCUCGUUCAGCCUAGGUAAAUAUGUUAAAGUUUGUGUAUUAUUUUUGUUCCACUUUAUGAUAGAGAUAUUUUAUUGGCGCGUUCAAACUAUUGUAUACUUUAUUUGCUAGCGCGUUGAGUGUUCUGGUGAGCAGAACUGGACCGGGAGUGGGGGAGAAAGCGGCUUCAGGUUCCAGUUACGACUCGAGUGCGAUUGGUAAAGCAUCAUUCAGAGAAAGGAUACGAAUAAAAUGUUCUGCAUUGCAACACAAUCAACCAUUUGGUGGGAGUGU